AAAGUAAACUUGGUUUGCUUGCAAAUAAAAUAUUCCAAAAAAUAAUUAAUAUGGUCUAAUUAGAGGUAAUAAAAUAAAAUUGAGUGCAACAAAUUUCAUUAACAACAACAUUUGAUGAUUUGUUUAAAAAAAGUGCUAUUAAUUGAUAAAAAAAAGUAGUAUAUAUUCAUUCAAGUUUUACCCUUCUUCAAGAACGUAACUCUACAAACAAAAAAUGGAGAACGCAACAAGUGAUUACAAUUUUACAUUAAUGUUGGUAAACAGUAAAUUACCAAAUCUCUCACAAAAUCAACUUAAAUAUUUCGCGAAUAAUUUAAUGAGACUUACCUUGCAAGAAUUUCAAAAUCAUAUGGACAGGAUGUUUAGGAUUCGCCCUGACAAGCCGAUAGUACAACAUUUCAGGGACCUUAUGGAAGUGAUUUUUGAACAUUUCAUUGUAAAGGCAAGGGAAGUAGACCAAAUACUAUACAAAGAUGAGACAUCUUCUGAAAGCGGUGAAAGCGGUUAUGAUGAAAGCAGUACGUUGGGUGCGCAUAGUUCAACGGUUAGGAGCAGCGAGUAUACGUGUGUUUCUUUCGAGACAUUUAAAAAAGGUGUUAAUUUUGCCAGUACUCCUCAAAAGAAACGGAGGAGUUUUAAUGAUGUUUGUCCAACGGUUGAGAGCAGAGACUUUCAGAUAGUUUCGUUCAAGGAAUUCACAAAAGGUGUCACCAUUGUCAGUAGUCCUACGAAAUCAAUAUCAAAUAAAGUCAGUAAACCGAAGAAUCACAACAACGAGGGUUUAUUAAUAAUAAGUGAUAGAAAUGAAUGUUCUCUAAAUAAUUUAUCAACACGCGUUAAUCUUCUUGCUAGAUUUUUAGAACGGUAGACUCCUAUAGAAAAGUAUCCUAGUGUAAAUAAUAGGGCGGAUAUAUUCGCCGAUUGUUCGAUUGUUACGAUAUUAUUGCCAAUUAAUAACAGUAAUAAUGAUAAAAUUGGAAAGCAACCCUUUUUGACAUAACUGAAGGGUUGAUGGAAAAGAGAAAUCGAAAGGCAAUGUUGUUCGAAAUUUUUGUGUGUCCAGUCCAUAUAAACUUCUUGUUAAAUAUUUCGAAAAAAAUGUUAUUUUAUGUAAUUAUAUAUUAAUUAUUAUAUAAGGAAAAAAAUUAAAAAAAUCCAAUGUUAAUUACUUUGCAAUAGAAGUAACAAAACUUGUAUACUAAGUUUACUUGAAAUGUGUUUCAUGUAGUUUCAUUCCUUAUUUUUAAUUGUAUGCA